UCAAGACUGGAAACUAUUUUACUCUCAGAAGUUUGGGAAUGAAACUCUAAAAAUGUGAUAAAAGUGUUUAUUUGGCUUAAGAUAGUUUUUAAGUUGCUCCAUGUUGCUGCUGUUGAUGUGUUGGUGAUAAUUCCUCGUUGGUCCAGAGUGAGGAGCAGGAAAAGCUGAAUGUGGGCAGAUAGAAACAGAUUUUGCUCGAUGGCGAUCCACCAGCUGUGGGAAGAAGGCGGUGGCGGCGCGCCGCUCCACCCAGGUGUCGCUGAGAGGAGGAGGAAGAGCGACAUCAUCAUCAUCACUUCUUUCACCUGACAGGAUCUUCUCAUUUCCCUGGAGUUCAGGCAGCAGCAUCCUGCACUGAGGACUGAAGCACCGAGCGCAAGUCAAAGGUCAAGCAGUUAGAGGAAACAUCAACCCCAACCACUGCUCUAGAAACCGACGCCAACCCCAACAUCAGCUCCUCCACCUCUGAAUCUCCAGAAAAGGCCGCCGCCCCUACCGACCCUGCCAACAUGGCCGACCUCUCUACGGACGACAGCAAGUUCCUCUUCCUGGAAAACGACUUUCGUAACAGCGGCGUGGCCCAGGCCGACUGGGCGGCCAAGAAGAUGGUGUGGGUCCCAUCAGAGAGGGAGGGAUUCGAACCUGCAAGCAUCAAGGAGGAGAAGGGAGAACAGGUUCUGGUGGAGCUCUCCAACGGACAGAAGGUGACAGUGAACAAAGAUGACAUCCAGAAGAUGAACCCACCCAAGUUCAGCAAGGUGGAGGACAUGGCUGCGCUCACGUUCCUCAACGAAGCGUCCGUCCUGCACAACCUGAGAGAGAGAUACUUCUCCAGCCUGAUCUACACGUACUCGGGUCUGUUCUGUGUGGUGGUGAAUCCCUACAAAAUGCUGCCAAUAUACUCAGAAAAGAUUAUCGAGAUGUACAAGGGCAAGAAACGCCACGAGGUGCCGCCGCACAUCUACUCCAUCACAGACAACGCCUACAGGAACAUGCUGCAGGAUCGUGAGGAUCAGUCGAUUCUCUGCACUGGCGAAUCCGGAGCUGGCAAGACUGAAAACACCAAGAAAGUGAUUCAGUACCUGGCUGUCGUCGCCUCGUCACACAAAGGCAAGAAAGACGUCAACCCUGAAUCAGUUGCUGCCGCUGUUGCCAAGCAGCAGCAGUCAGGAUCUCUGGCCUAUGGGGAGCUAGAAAAGCAGCUGCUGCAGGCUAAUCCCAUCCUGGAGGCUUUUGGAAACGCCAAGACCAUCAAGAACGACAACUCCUCCAGAUUUGGGAAAUUCAUCAAACUAAACUUUGACGUGACCGGCUUCCUUGUUGGGGCGAACAUUGACACCUACCUGCUGGAGAAGUCGCGCUGCAUUCGUCAGGCCAACACGGAGAGAGCCUUCCACAUCUUCUACUACAUGGUGGCUGGAGCGAAAGACAAGAUGAGGGAGGAGCUGCUGCUGGAGGGCUUCAACGGCUACCGUUUCCUGGUAGCGGGACACGUGGAGGUUCCCGGUCAGCAGGAUGACGAGCUCUUUGACGAGACUCUGGAAGCGAUGGAGAUCAUGGGCUUCACAGAGGAGGAGAGAUUAGAGACGACUCCGGGUCUGUUCUGUGUGGUGGUGAAUCUGCUACAAAAUGCUGCCAAAUACUCAGAAAGAUUAUCGAGAUGUACAAGGGCAAGAACGCCACGAGGUGCCGCAGCAAGACAUCUACUCCAUCACAGACCAACGGCUGAUUUUGCAGUGGAGGCUCUGGCCAAGGCCAUGUAUGAUCGCUUGUUCCGCUGGAUCCUCGCCAGAGUCAACAAGACGCUGGACAAGAGCAAGAGACAGUCGUCCUCCUUCCUGGGAAUCCUGGACAUCGCUGGCUUUGAGAUCUUCGAGGACAACUCUUUCGAGCAACUCUGCAUCAACUACACCAACGAGCGUCUGCAGCAGCUCUUCAACCACACCAUGUUCAUCCUGGAGCAGGAGGAGUACAAGAGGGAGGGCAUCGAGUGGAACUUCAUCGACUUCGGCCUGGACCUGCAGCCCUGCAUCGAGCUCAUCGAGAGGCCGAACAAUCCCCCUGGUAUCCUGGCGCUGCUGGAUGAGGAGUGCUGGUUCCCGAAAGCCACGGAUCAGUCGUUCGUGGACAAACUACUGAACACCCACACAGGUCACGUGAAGUUCUCCAAACCCAAACAACACAAGGAUAAGCUGAUGUUCUCGGUGCUUCACUACGCUGGAAAGGUGGAUUACAACGCAGCCAACUGGCUGACUAAGAACAUGGAUCCUCUGAAUGACAACGUGACGGCUCUGCUCAACAACUCCUCCAGCGCCUUCAUCCAGGACCUCUGGAAAGACGUGGACCGAGUGGUGGGCCUGGACACCAUCACCAAGAUGUCAGAGAGUUCUGUUCCCAGUUCUACCAAGUCCAAGAAGGGGAUGUUUCGUACGGUGGGUCAGCUGUACAAGGAGUCUCUGGGGAAGCUGAUGACCACGCUGCACAACACGCAGCCCAACUUCGUCCGCUGCAUCAUCCCCAACCACGAGAAGAGGGCCGGCAAGAUGGACGCCCACCUGGUUCUGGAGCAGCUCAGGUGUAACGGCGUGCUGGAGGGCAUUCGGAUCUGCAGGCAGGGAUUUCCAAACCGCAUCGUUUUCCAGGAGUUCAGACAGAGGUAUGAGAUUCUGGCUGCCAACGCCAUCCCCAAGGGCUUCAUGGAUGGAAAGCAGGCCUGCUGUCUGAUGGUGAAGCACCUGGAUCUGGACCCGAACCUGUACCGCAUCGGUCAGAGUAAAAUGUUCUUCAGGACGGGAGUUCUGGCUCAGCUGGAGGAAGAGCGAGACCUCAAGCUGACCGUCGUCAUCAUCGCCUUCCAGGCGCAAGCACGAGGCUUUCUGGGGCGAAAAGCGUUUAGUAAACGUCAGCAGCAGCUAACGGCCAUGAAGGUCAUCCAGAGGAACUGCGCUUGCUACCUCAAACUGAAGAACUGGCAGUGGUGGAGGCUGUUCACCAAGGUGAAGCCGUUGCUGCAGGUGACCAGACAGGAAGAGGAAAUGGGCCAAAAGGAGGAGGAGCUGAAGGCGGUGCGCGAGGUGGCGGCUAAGACUGAAGCUGAGCUGAAGGAAAUCUCCCAGAAACACACCCAGCUGGCUGAGGAGCGAGCGCAGCUGGAGCUGAAGCUGCAGGCCGAGGCGGAGCUGUACGCCGAGGCGGAGGAGAUGCGCGGACGUCUGGAGGCCAAGAAGCAGGAGCUGGAGGAGGUGCUGCACGAGAUGGAGGCGCGGCUGGAGGAGGAGGAGGAACGCAGCGUCACCCUGCAGCAGGAGAAGAAGGACAUGGAGCAGCAGCUGCAGCUGAUGGAGGCGCACAUCGCAGAGCAGGAAGACGCUCAGCAGAAGCUCCAGCUGGAGAAAACGGCGGUGGAGGGGAAAGUGAAGAAGAUGGAGGAGGACAUCAUGCUAAUGGAGGAUCAGAACAACAAGCUGCAGAAGGAGCGAAAGCUUCUGGAGGAGCGCUUGGCUGAUAUGAGCUCCAACCUGGCAGAGGAGGAGGAGAAGUCAAAGAAUCUGACCAAACUCAAGGCCAAACACGAGUCCAUGAUGUCCGACCUGGAAGUUCGUAUGAAAAAGGAGGAGAAGGCUCGUCAGGAUGUGGAGAAGGCAAAGAAGAAGGUGGAUGCAGAGCUGGCCGACCUGCAGGAGCAAUACGCCGACCUGCAGGCGCAGCUGGCCGAGCUACGAGCUCAGUUAGCGGCUAAAGAGGAGGAGCUCCAGGCUACACAGACCCGUUUGGAGGAGGAGAGCACCCAGCGCGCAACGCUGGUUAAGAAAGUUCGUGAGUUGGAAGCGUUGCUGUCGGAGCUGCAGGAGGAUCUGGAGGCGGAGAGGGCGGCGCGGGGGAAGGCGGAGGCCGCAAGACGGGACCUCGGAGAGGAGCUGAAUGCACUGCGCUCCGAGCUGGAGGACAGCUUGGAUACCACCGCUGCUCAACAGGAGCUACGAGCAAAACGAGAGCAGGAAGUUGCAACGCUGAAGAAAGCUAUGGAAGACGAGGGGCGGAGCCACGAGGCCCAGGUCCAGGAACUCCGUCAGAAACACAGUCAGGCUGUGGAGGAGCUGACCGAGCAGCUGGAACAAGCCAAAAGGGUGAGGGCCAGUCUGGAGAAAGCCAAACAAGCCCUGGAGAAAGAGUCGGCAGACUUGAGCUCCGAGUUGAGAUCCCUCGCCAGCUCAAAGCAAGACGUGGAGCACAAGAAGAAGAAGGUGGAGGCUCAGCUGAACGAUUUAAACUCCCGGUUCAACGAAAGUGAGCGGCAGAGGAAUGAGAUCGGGGAGCGAGUAUCAAAGCUGAAUAUGGAGCUGGAAAGCGUGACCAGCCUGCUGAACGAAGCUGAGGGGAAGAACAUCAAGCUGAGUAAAGACGUCUCCAGUCUGUCCUCUCAGCUCCAGGACGCCCAGGAGCUCCUGUCUGAAGAAACCCGUCAGAAGCUGAAUCUGUCUGGACGGCUGCGUCAGAUGGAGGAGGACAGGAACGGCCUGAUGGAGCAGCUGGAGGAGGAGACGGAGGCCAAACGAGCCGUAGAAAGACAGGCGUCCAGCCUCAACAUGCAGCUGUCUGACCACAGGAAGAAGCUGGAGGAGAUGUCGGCGACGGUGGAGCUGCUGGAGGAGGGGAAGAAGCGGCUGCAGCGCGACCUGGAGGCCGCGCACGGCGAGUACGAGGAGAAGGCGGCGGCCUUCGACAAGCUGGAGAAGAGCCGCGGCCGGCUGCAGCAGGAGCUGGAGGACGUCCUGAUGGACCUGGACGCCCAGCGGCAGCUCGUCUCCAACCUGGAGAAGAAGCAGAAGAAGUUUGAUCAGAUGCUGGCCGAGGAGCGGUCGGUGUCGGCCCGCUUUGCGGAGGAGCGCGACCGGGCGGAGGCGGAGGCGAGGGAGAAGGAGACCCGGGUUCUGGCCCUGACCCGGGCGCUGGAGGAGAAGCAGGCCGUCCUGGAGGAGGCUGAGAAGGCCGCCAAGGCCCUGCGGGCCGACAUGGAGGACCUCAUCAGCUCCAAGGACGACGCGGGGAAGAGCGUUCACGAGCUGGAGAAGGCCAAGCGCGGGCUGGAGGCCUUCCUGGAGGAGAUGAGGACGCAGAUGGAGGAGCUGGAAGACGAGCUGCAGGUGGCGGAGGACGCCAAGCUGCGUCUGGAGGUCAACAGCCAGGCGCUGCGGGCGCAGCAUGAGCGCGAGCUGCAGGCCCGAGACGAGAUGGGCGAGGAGAAGAGGAAGCAGCUCCUCCGUCAGGUGCGGGAGCUGGAGGCGGAGCUUGAGGAGGAGAGGAAGCAGCGAGGUCAGGCGUCCGGCGCCAGGAAGAAGCUUGAAGGUGAGCUGAAGGACAUGGAGGAACAUCUGGACGCCACCAGCAGGGGGCGUGACGAGGCGCAGAAGCAGCUCCGCAAAGUCCAGGGGCAGAUGAAGGACCUCCAGAGGGAGCUGGACGACUCCAGAGCCGCCCACAAGGAGGCGCUGUCCUCGGCCAGGGAGUCGGAGCGCAGAGCCAAGAUGGCGGAGGCAGAAAUCCUGCAGCUGCAUGAGCUGCUGGCCGCGGCAGAGAGAGGCAGGAAGCAGGCGGAGGCGGAGAGGGACGAGCUGUCUGAGGGGCUGGCCAGCAGCUCAUCUGGGAGGUCGAUGCAGUCAGACGAAAAGCGCCGCCUGGAGACGAAGCUGUGUCAGCUGGAGGAGGAGCUGGAGGAGGAGCAGGCCAACAUGGAGAACCUGGCGGAGCGUCUGAGGAAGAGCCAGCAGCUGGUGGAGCAGCUGGGGACGGAGCUGGCGGCGGAGAGGACGUCGUCUCAGAGCAGAGAGGGAAGCCGGCAGCAGCUGGAGAGGCAGAACCGGGAGCUGAAGGCCAAACUGCAGGAGGCGGAGAGCCAGAGCCGCUCCAGGCUGAAGGCCGCUAGCGCCGCCCUGGAGGCUAAGCUGAGAGAGGCCGAGGAGCAGCUGGAGGCCGAGAGCAGGGAGCGUCAGACCGCCGCCAAGAACCUGCGGCAGAAGGAGAAGAAGCUGAAGGACCUGAGCGUCCAGAUCGAGGACGAGAGGAAACAGGCGCAGCAAUACAAAGACCAGAUGGAGAAGAGCGGCGUCCGGGUGAAGCAGCUGAAGCUCCAGCUGGAGGAGGCGGAGGAGGAGGCGCAGCGCGUGGCGGCCGCCCGCAGGAAGCUGCAGCGUGAGCUGGACGAGGCAGGCGAGGCCAACGACGCCCUCAGCAGGGAGGUGGCGGCGCUCAGGAGCAAACUGAGGCGUGGUGGAGGGGAUCCGACGUUCAGCGCUUCUCGGAUCAGCGGCGGCGGUGGGAUCAGGAGCGCCGUGGGUCUGAGCGGUGGCGCGACCCGGCGGGUCAAAGAAAACUCUCUGGAUCUGCAGGAAGAGGAACCUCCCUCUCCGUCUCCUCCCACAUGCUCCCCGGAUGAACGCAAUGAGGCGUACCCCUGCUGCCCUGACGAGUGAAACGACCCCACGCCUCAUUUAUUAUUAAAACAUAUUUAUACACUUUUCAUUUCAAGAUAAUGUGGAUAAUGUGUCAGCGCUGGAGUUUAGAAAAUAGAAAUUAUUCUAACCGGAGUUAAAAAUUUGUGACGCAAAAAGAUUAUUUGAA